ACCUCCCCUACAGAGAUUGUAUAAAUAAAGCUCAAGAUGAAGGAGGAAGAUACACGGUUGAGGAGUUUUCUUCACAAAACCUCUGCAAAAUGGCAACAGCAAAUGUACAACGGCCAAUGGCCUUACCUGUUAGACUCCAGCAUUGCCUCAGUGGAGACCCUCCGAUCCCUGUUCUGUACGAUGCAACAUUCCUGAACGCAACUCACGCCUCUCUGCUGGCUGUCAAAGACCCUGAAUCGACCCGAGCCUCCCGUUUCACUGUCACCGUGCUCAACGGAUCAGAUGGCAAAAUAGUCCCAUUGGUCCUCAAGAGCACAGACACCAUCGGCAAACUUCAGAAGAGUUUCCUACAGAAGCGGCCUGACCUGACGGGAAGCCUGAACCUUGCCUACAACGGCAAGUCCGUCCAGGGGCACCAAAGCCUGGGAGAGCUGGGGGUGAAGGAUGGGGCUACUUUCAUCACCUUUCAGAGGUGUCAUGGAGGGUAGACGUGGAGCAAUAGAUGUGGAGGAGGGCUGUUUCCAUUCGUCUAUCCCAUGUAACUGUCCAGUGUUUCCAUACUUCUAUGAAAUAUGACCUAUCAUGACUUACAACAUGAGUGAAAUAGUUUUCCUUCCAAAUAUGAACUUUUAAAUGUGUGAUUUUCACUGGGCAUUUACUUUAACUCCAGCAGGCACAGCCAGAAGAGGACCACCCCUCAGAGCCUGGUUCCGCUCUAGAUUUCUGCCUGUCUCUCUAUUGAGUUUUUCCUAGCCACCGUGCUUCUACAUCUGCAUUGCUUCCUGUUUGGGGUUUUAGGCUGGGUUUCUGUAUAAGCACUUUGUGACAUUGCGCUGAUUUAAAAAGGGCUUUAUAAAUACAUUUGAUUGAUUGACUGAUUUAACUGUCCUGCUUUACUCUUGCCUGGUACUAGCUAAUGAAGUGAACUAUAAGCCAAUCAAUGUGAGUUAGUUCACCCCGUUAAAUGUACCGUUUGUGAGGUUUUAUUGGUAAUUUGUAUAUGCCAUUGUUGUUUAAGAGUAGGUUACCACUGUAUCUGAAAUAGCUUAGUACAAAUGUCUUACUUUAUUGUAACAAAAAAUAUUUUUGCACUUUAAUGAUGUUUUCAACGACAGCCAAAAAGGCUAUCCAAUCAGAAGGAUGACGAACAAAAUAAAUCAUGUUUAAACAUAUUUGUAUUUCAUUUAUUUGCAUAUAUGGGCAUUGUAUUCACCCUUCAUUAAAUAAACACUUCAAUAUUUCAAGUA